UCUAAUCUUCCAGUCAACGGUUCCCGAGCUCAUCACGUCAGAUAUAUAAAACUUCUUCUCCAUCUUCUUCUUCUUCAAUCCCUCUCCUUCAUCAAACAAUAUGAAUCAGAAAUUAGGGUUAGCUUUAGGAUUUUUUCUCUUACUCUCGCAAUUCUACUUCGCCGAGUCCAGAUGCAGCCAAACUUGCGAUUUGGCUCUCGCAUCGUACUACGUUUCCUCAGGCGAUACCCUAUCGGUCAUAGCCGAAAGAUUCAACUCGGCCAUCUUGCAAUCCGCGGAUACUAUCGUUAAUUACAACAGGGACAAAAUCAGUAACAAGGACUUUGUCCCAUCAUUCAUCAGAAUCAACAUUCCCUUUCCCUGCGACUGUGUACAGGAUGAACUCCUCAAUGAAUUCGUCGGCCACACGUUCCAGUACGAUGUUCAAAGUGGCGACACCUACACCACCGUCGCCACCGAGAAAUAUACCAACUUGACGACGGUUCCGUGGUUGGAGCGGUUCAAUAACUAUACGGCGACUAAUAUACCAGACACCGGUACUCUAAAUGUCUCCGUGAAUUGCUCAUGUGGGGAUAGUUCGAUUUCAAAGGAUUAUGGAUUGUUUAUUACGUACCCGCUCCGGCCUGAAGAUACUCUGGACUCGAUUGCGACGGAGUACAAUAUAAGUAAGGACAUGCUGCAGAAAUAUAAUGUUGGUGUGGACUUUAGUGCAGGCACUGGCUUGGUUUAUGUUCCAGGCAAAGAUGAAAAUAAUAGCACCCGGCCCCUGACGUCAAGCGCAGGGAUAGCAGGUGGAGCUAUUGCUGGCAUAUCCAUAGGGGUAGUAGCUGUGGCGCUGUUAGUAGCAGUUUGUGUGUACUUUGGGUUUUACCGAAAGAAGAAGGUGAAGGAAGCAAUAUUGCUGUCAGGAUCUCAAGAGCUCUCUGCUCAAGCUUUGCAAGCUCCUGGAAGUAACUCAGAUAAACCUGUGGAUUCAACUGGUCUGGCACUGUCUCCAGGUCUUGGAGGCAUAACCGUGGAUAAAUCGGUGGAGUUCUCAUAUGAAGAACUUGCCCAGGCUACUGAUAACUUCAGUAUGGCUAAUAAGAUUGGCCAAGGUGGUUUUGGCUCUGUUUACUAUGCAGAACUGAGAGGCGAGAAAGCUGCAAUCAAGAAGAUGGACAUGCAAGCUUCAAAAGAAUUUUUUGCUGAACUAAAGGUCUUAACACAUGUUCAUCAUUUGAACCUGGUCCGAUUGAUUGGAUACUGUGUAGAGGGUUCUCUUUUUCUAGUUUAUGAAUACAUUGAGAAUGGCAACUUAAGCCAACAUUUGCAUGGCUCUGGGAGGGAUCCAUUGUCAUGGUCUGCUAGGUUGCAAAUUGCCCUUGAUUCAGCUAGAGGCCUUGAAUAUAUCCAUGAGCAUACUGUUCCUGUUUAUAUCCAUCGUGAUAUUAAGUCAGCCAACAUACUGAUUGACAAGAACUUCCGUGGAAAGGUUGCAGAUUUUGGGUUAACAAAACUAACAGAGGUUGGAGGUUCAUCGCUCCCUACACGUCUUGUGGGUACAUUUGGAUACAUGCCACCAGAAUAUGCACAAUAUGGAGAUGUUUCUCCAAAAGUGGAUGUUUAUGCCUUUGGAGUUGUCCUUUGUGAACUUAUUUCUGCCAAGGAUGCAAUUGUCAAGAUAAAUGGUUCUAGUGCUGAAACAAAGGGCCUUGUUGCUUUGUUUGAAGAAGUUCUUAAUGAACCUGAUCCUAGAGAAGAGCUUUGCAAAUUGAUUGACCCAAGGCUUGAAGAUAACUAUCCACUUGAUUCAGUCCGAAAGAUGGCCCAGCUUGCCAAGGCAUGUACACACGAGAAUCCUCACUUACGUCCGAGUAUGAGAUCUAUUGUGGUUGCCUUAAUGACCCUUUCAUCCUCAACUGAGGAUUGGGAUGUUGGCUCCUUCUAUGAAAAUCAACAUCUCGUCAAUUUAAUGUCAGGAAGAUAGAGGCUAUGCAUGCGGGGAAAACAUGAAUAAUGAUAUAUAAAUAAUGCAAUUAUUAAUUAUAAUUGAGGACCAACUGCUUGAUCAGAUUAUAAUUUAAUAUAAUCAUGUAGCAAAUUCUUUUUUUCUUGAUUGUAUACACAGAUCGUGGAGUCGAUAUGUUGUUAAAAGAAAAUCCAAUCUUUAUUGAAAUUGGCAACUAAUCUUAUUUGUGUUUUCAAUGAA